AUGCCGACGCCACCACCCGCCCCCUCCCGCCUCCUCCUCGCGGCCCCACUCCUCGCCAUCCUUGCCCUCGCCGCCGUCGCUGCCAAUGCCAAUGCUGCGACACCGCCGCCAUCGCCGGCCGAGGCCCUGCUGGCGUGGAAGUCGAGCCUGGGCGACCCGGCGGCGCUGUCCACGUGGACGAACGCCACCCAGGUCUCCAUCUGCACCACCUGGCGCGGGGUCUCCUGCGACGCCGCCGGCCGCGUCGUGUCGCUCCGUCUGCUCGGGCUUGGCCUCACGGGCGGCCUGGACGGGCUCGACCCGGCCGCGUUCCCGAGCCUCACCUCCCUCGACCUCAAGGACAACAACCUCGCCGGCGCCAUCCCGGCGUCGUUCUCGCAGCUGCGCGCUCUGGCCACGCUCGACCUGGGCAGCAACGGGCUCAACGGCACCAUCCCGCCGCAGCUCGGCGACCUCACGGGCCUCGUCGAACUCCGCCUCUACAACAACAACCUUGUCGGCGACAUCCCGUAUCAGCUGAGCAGGCUCCCAAAGAUCGUCCAGCUCGACCUGGGGUCCAACUACCUGACUAGCGUCUCGUUCUCACCGAUGCCCAAGGUGGAGUUCCUCUCGCUCUCCCUCAACUACCUCAACGGCAGCUUCCCGGAGUUCGUGCUCAGUAGCGGCAACGUCACCUACCUCGACCUGUCGCAGAACGCCUUCUCCGGUCCGGUCCCGGACGCGCUCCCGGAGCGGCUGCCGAACCUGCAGUGGCUCAACCUGUCAGCCAACGCGUUCUCCGGCCGGAUCCCAGCGUCGCUCGCGAAGCUGACGAGGCUCAGGGACCUGCACCUUGGCGGCAACAGCCUUACUGGCGGCGUCCCAGACUUCCUCGGGUCCAUGUCGCAGCUGAGGGUCCUUGAGCUCGGCAGCAACCCGCUCGGUGGGUCGCUCCCACCGGUUCUUGGCCGGCUCAAGAUGCUGCAACGUCUCGACGUGAAGAACGCCAGUCUGGUCUCCACUCUUCCGCCGGAGCUCGGCAGCCUCAGCAACCUCAACUUCGUCGAUCUCUCAAUUAACCAUCUCUCUGGGGGAUUGCCGGCGUCGUUCGCCGGGAUGAAGAGGAUGCGGGAGUUCGGCAUAUCGUCCAACAACCUCACCGGCGAGAUCCCGGGGCAGCUGUUCGCGAGCUGGCCGGAGCUCAUAUCCUUUCAAGCGCAGACGAACUCUUUGACCGGAACCAUUCCACCUGAGGUUGGCAAGGCGACGAAGCUGCUAAUCUUGUAUCUCUACAGCAACAACCUCACCGGCGAGAUCCCGUCGCAGCUCGGCGGGUUGGUGAACCUGGCUGAACUGGAUUUGUCGGUGAACUCGCUCAGCGGACCGAUACCAAACUCGUUCGGCAACCUCAAGCAACUCACGCGGCUGGCGCUCUUCUUCAACGAGCUCACCGGCAAGAUCCCGCCGGAGGUCGGCAACAUGACGGCGUUGCAAAUCUUGGACGUCAACACCAACAACCUGGAAGGCGAGCUGCCUUCCAGUAUCUCGUUGCUGAGGAACCUCCAGUACCUGUCAGUGUUCGACAACAGCAUGAGUGGUACCGUCCCACCAGACCUCGGCGCAGGGCUGGCAUUGACCGAUGUGAGCUUCGCGAACAACAGUUUCUCCGGCGAGCUGCCGCAGAGCCUCUGCGACGGCUUCGCGUUGAAUAACUUCACGGCGAACCACAACAGCUUCAGCGGAAAGCUGCCGCCCUGCUUGAAGAACUGCUCCGAGCUGUAUCGGGUGCGGCUGGAGGGGAACCAUUUCACCGGCGACAUCUCGGAGGUAUUCGGGGUCCACCCCAGCAUGGGCUACCUGGACAUCUCCGGGAACAAGCUGACUGGUCGGCUUUCAGAUGACUGGGGACAAUGCACCAAGAUCACACGCCUGAAGAUGGAUGGCAACAGCAUAUCAGGCGCCAUUCCGGCGGCGUUUGGGAACAUGACAAGCUUGCAGGACCUCAGCUUGGCUGCGAACAACUUGGCAGGCGCUAUUCCACCUGAGCUGGGUAAUCUCAACUUCUUGUUCAAUCUCAACCUGAGCCAUAACUCCUUUUCCGGGCCGAUUCCGACAAGUUUGAGCAACAAUUCCAAACUGCAGAAACUUGAUUUGUCAGGGAACAUGCUUAAUGGGACCAUACCGGUGGGCAUCGACAAUCUUGGCUCACUAACCUAUCUUGAUUUGAGCAAGAACGAAUUGUCAGGGCAGAUACCAAGUGAGCUCGGUAACCUGUUUCAGCUGCAGACCCUGCUGGAUUUGAGCAGCAACUCACUGUCUGGUCCUAUCCCUUCAAAUCUUGUGAAACUGGCGAACCUACAGAAACUGAAUUUGUCACACAAUGAGCUCAAUGGUUCAAUUCCAGCAAGUUUCUCUCGCAUGUCGAGCCUGGAGAUUGUUGAUUUCUCUUACAAUCAGCUCACCGAAUUGGCAUACACAAUGAACGUCACAGAGAAAUGCGAUGUUUACAGUUUUGGAGUUGUUGCUCUGGAGGUGAUGAUGGGGAAGCAUCCUGGUGACCUCUUAACCUCCCUGCCGGCUAUCUCCUCUUCCACAGAAGAAGAUUUAUUACUGCAGGACAUAAUAGACCAGCGGUUGGAACCUCCAACGGGUGACCUUGCAGAAGAAAUUGUGUUUGUGGUGAGAAUCGCGCUCGCUUGCACACGGGCAAAUCCCGAAUCGCGGCCUUCGAUGAGAUCAGUUGCUCAAGAGAUAUCAGCGCAUACUCGAGCUUAUCUUUCAGAACCGUUCAGACAGAUCACAUUUGAGAGGACUAAUUUUCCCUCAGUUUGCAUACUGAUAGACCACGAAACUAUUCUGGAGAUCCUUAGAAGUCUAUAUGUACACAAAGUUAGCUGUAUUAAAUUCGCUACUAUGCUGAUGUUCGUUUUCCCCCCUGCCAAGGGGCUAAACAUGCAACUGUACGGCAGAUGGUGGAAAGCCACAAGUUGUAACUUGUAA